AUGGUGGCUAGUGACUUAAGUGAUUCCAAUGGCACAAAUAGUAACGGUGACUCAAGCAUUUCUAGUGGAUCAAGUGAUUCAAGUGAUUCUAAUGAUUCAAGUGGCUCUAGUGAUCCUAGUGACUCAAGCAAGUCUAGUAGUUCAAGUAGCUCUAGUGAAUCCAGUGGCUCAAGCAAGUCUAGUAGUUCAAGUGAAUCCAGUGAUUCCAGUGACUCAAGCAAGUCAAGUAGUUCAAGUAGCUCUAGUGAAUCCAGUGGCUCAAGCAAGUCUAGUAGUUCAAGUGAAUCCAGUGAUUCCAGUGACUCAAGCAAGUCAAGUAGUUCAAGUAGCUCUAGUGAAUCCAGUGACUCAACCAAGUCUAGUAGUUCAAGUGAAUCCAGUGAUUCUACUGACUCAAGCAAGUCUAGUAGUUCAAGUAGCUCUAGCGAAUCCAGUGGCUCAAGCAAGUCUAGUAGUUCAAGUGAAUCCAGUGAUUCCAGUGACUCAAGCAAGUCAAGUAGUUCAAGUAGCUCUAGCGAAUCCAGUGACUCAACCAAGUCUAGUAGUUCAAGUGAAUCCAGUGAUUCCAGUGACUCAAGCAAGUCAAGUAGUUCAAGUAGCUCUAGUGAAUCCAGUGACUCAAGCACGUCUAGUUCAAGUGAAUCCAGUGAUUCCAGUGACUCAAGCACGUCUAGUAGUUCAAGUGAAUCCAGUGAUUCCAGUGACUCAAGCAAGUCCAGUUCAAGUGAAUCCAGUGAUUCCAGUGACUCAAGUAAGUCUAGUAGUUCAAGCGAAUCCAGUGAUUCCAGUGACUCAAGUAAAUCUAGUAGUUCAAGUAGCUCAAGUGAAUCCAGUGACUCAAGCAAGUCUAGUAGUUCAAGUAAAUCCAGUGACUCAAGCAAAUCUAGUAGUUCAAGUGAAUCCAGUGACUCAAGUAAGUCUAGUAGUUCAAGUGAAUCCAGUGAUUCCAGUGACUCAAGUAGCUCUAUUGAAUCCAGUGACUCAAGUAGUUCUUCUGAAUCCACUGACUCGAGCAAGUCUAGUAGUUCAAAUGAAUCCAGUGAUUCCAGUAACUCCAGUGAUUCUAGUGACUCUAGUAAUUCAAGCAGUUCAAGCAGUUCUAGCGAUUCUAGCAGCUCUAGCAGGUCAAAGGAUUCUGGCAAGUCUAGCGACUCAAAUGAUUCCAGUGACAGUUCCAGUGACUCAGAUAAAAGCGCCAAUGGUAGUUUCUCUAAAUCGUGCAGUUCCCAGGACUCCAAAUCAUGUGUUCAUGAUUCCAACUCUUUUGGACAAAAUAGCAGCCAUGGGGACAAGUAAAUGAUUGUUGAAACUCAUAAGAUGACAUACUGUACAAGUAACUUUCAUAUGUCCAUGUACACAUGCCAGUCAUUUUAGCAGUAUUUAGCAGGGCAGUGAGUAAAGUAUCUGCACCAAGCUGACUUUCCAAAAGCUGCAGUGGAGCUAAAAGAACCAAAUGGCUCAUAUGAUUCCCCACAGAAACAAACAUGUAGAAGUAAUAUGCCAUAAGACCGAUAAGGAUGCCUGGCUUAGGUUCAU